GGACCAAUACAAGUUCACAAGCGACCGAUACCCCCACGAGUAGCUCUCCGCUAAGCACGAUAGCACCGCCGCAACCACGCAUCAACGCGCGUGCCCGUGAUUUUCGGAAAUCGACUACGUGGAUCGGGGGCAUCGGCAUCUCGUUAACCGAAUAAAAAAUUCGCAACACCAUGGCCCGCACCUUGCUCGCAUCGACGCUCGCCGGCGCUGCCGCGCUGCGCGCCACGCGCCCGACGGUCUCGAUGCACACGAACAUCUUCCCGACCUUCACCAUUAAGGACAAGGCGGCGGUGCUGGGGCAGCGUCUUUUGCCGCGGCGGCGGGAUUUUUUUUGUUGGGGGUUGCGGUGUAUGUCCGCAUGGUGCUGCUGCCGCUGCGUGCUGCGCGCGGCGGCGGCGGCGCGCGGGAGGGCACCGUGCGGACGCUCGGCGCCGCGCCGUCGCGGCCGUUCGCUGCGUCGCGCGGCGCGCGCGGCGAGAGAGCGUGCUCGCGGGCAGCGCGCGGCGCGCGCGACGAGAGCGAGCGUGCACGCGGGCAGCGCGUCGACGAGCGAUGAAACACGCAGGCCCAGCCCCUCCUCGACAAGUGCGUCGAGGACACGAAGGCCGAGGCGGGCUGCCUCUACUACGGCUGGACGGUGAAGGAGGACGGCUCGAAGCUCUUCUGCCGGGAGACGUACGUGGACGGCGCGGCGGCGGGCGAGCACCUGUCCUGCGUCGCCGCGUCGGGCGCCUUGGGCGAGGCCCUCGAGAAGGGCUACAUCGCGCUCGACAAUAUUGAUGUGAUGGGCACGGAGGCGGACCUUGAGGCAGCCAAGAAGGUGCCCGAGUUCGAGGCCUUCGGCUGCGGCGCCUGGACGGUCUGGGACUCGUUCCAGAACUUCAAGAAAACCAGUGGAGAGGAGGCCUCCACCCAGGGCUUCUACACGAUCCAGCCGACCUUCACGCUCAAGGACAAGGCGGCGGCCGAGCCCUUCAUGAAGAAGUGCGUGGACCUCACGAAGAACGAGGAGGGCUGCAUGUACUACGGCUGGACGAUCAAGGACGACAAGCUCUUCUGCCGCGAGGCCUACGUCGACGCCGCCGCCGUCCAGGCCCACCUCGACAACAUCGUGCCGUCCGUCGGCGAGAUGCUCGACAGCGGAUGCGCGUCGCUCGACGAGAUCAACUUCAUGGGCCCGAAGGCGGGCUGGAGCACGUUCAAGGAGACCGCCGACUCCCUGGGCGGCGUCUACUGGGACGUCGACUCCAGUUUCUCGAAAUUCAAGAUGCCCUCCUUCAAGCUCGGCCCCUUCUCCUUCUAGAUGAUAGCCCUUUGCCACCCCGCACCUAUUUAACCACGACCUAUGCCGCUA